UUUAAAUAGCUUCCGAGCUGCCGUACCUCAGUGACUACUGACACUUGGCGUUAAACAAACCGGUGAAACGCAGCAUAAAAAUAGAUUUAAACUCUUUAAACAUCUAAUAUAUUCUCCCCACAACAAUGAGUCGCAGUUAUAACGAUGAGCUGCAGUUCCUGGACAAGAUCGGGAAGAACACCUGGAGGAUUAAAAAGGGUUUUGUUCCCAACAUGCAAGUCGAGGGGAACUUCUACGUGAACGAGCCUCUGGAGAAGCUGAUGUUCGAGGAGCUUCGUAACGCCUGUAAAGGAGGAGGUUUCGGAGGGUUCCUCCCCGCCAUGAAGCAGAUCGGGAACGUGGCGGCGCUGCCCGGCAUCGUACACAGGUCCAUCGGUCUCCCGGACGUUCACUCUGGAUACGGGUUUGCGAUCGGAAACAUGGCGGCCUUCGAUAUGAACGACCCCAACUCCGUGGUUUCUCCAGGCGGUGUGGGGUUUGACAUUAACUGCGGCGUGCGGCUGCUCAGGACGAACUUGGAUGAGAGCGACGUUC